CCAACGAGCUCCUCCACUCUUCACUACUCUGGCCCCUACUUGUUUCGAAGCGGCGGUGAUGGAGUCCGGCGCCAAUCUCGCCGGCGAGAUGCUGGUACUUGAGAUCCCAGUGAAAGAUCCAUCCUUCGAUCUAACAAAUGUUGUUUGCAGCCAUGGAUUCUUCAUGAUGGCUCCCAACCAAUGGGGUCCGGCCUCCUCCACUCUUCAACGCCCCAUCCGCCUCCCCUCGGGCACCGUUAGGGUUCGCAUCUCCCACCCUCGCCCUUCCGGUCCCGUUGCUGUAUCCGUUCCAGGCACCUCUUCUCUUUCCUUCGAAGACGAGCAAGCACUUCUCGAUCAAGUGCGCAGGAUGCUAAGAAUGUCUGAUGAUAGUGAUAGGUUUAUCCAAGAGUUUCACAGGAUUCAUGCGGGUUGCAGAGAAAGAGGGUUGGGAAGGAUUUUUCGGUCUCCAACUUUGUUUGAGGAUAUGGUCAAGUGCAUUCUUCUCUGUAAUUGCCAAUGGCCAAGAACUCUGUCAAUGGCAAGAGCACUUUGUGAGCUUCAUCUACAACUGAAACAAAGCUGUAAUUCUGAAACUUCUCAUCCAAAGACACCACAACAAAGGGAACAAAAAAGAAAAAACAUAAAGAGAAAGAAAGUAGCCGUUAAGUUAGAAGCCAAAUUUACUGAUGGAGCAGAGUUUCUGAAAACUCCUAACUUGAUGAACAAUCAUAUCACUCAGCCUACAGAUUCCUGCAACAGUUCUAGCCCUUCUCAAUCCUUCAAUGAUGAACUUAAGUUUUCUGAAGCAAUUGGCGAUUUUCCUUCUCCCGAAGAACUGGCCCCUCUGGAUGCUGCUUUCCUCGCCGACUGCUGUAAACUCGGAUAUCGAGCUCAACGUAUCAUCUCUCUUGCCCAAAGUAUCGUCGAUGGCACUUUGAAACUAAGGAAGCUCGAGGAACUGUGUGAGGGAUACUCACUGGCGAGCUAUGACUCAAUCGACCAGAAGUUGUCGGCUCUCAGUGGAUUUGGACCUUUUACACGUGCGAAUGUACUCAUGUGUAUGGGUUUCUAUCAUAGAGUUCCAGCGGACACAGAGACUGUUAGGCAUAUAAGACAGUUUUAUGGUAGAAAUUGCGACAUUAAAUCGGUUCAGGAGGAUAUAGAAGUCAUAUACGGGAAGUAUGCUCCAUUCCAGUUCUUGGCAUACUGGAUUGAACUAUGGGGCUAUUAUGAAGGGAGGUUUGGAACUUGGAGCAAGCUGCCAGCCUCCUAUUAUCCGCUGGUCACUGCAAGUAAUAUGAAAGACAGAAUUUGUAAAGGAUUGAAAGUGAAGAAGGCUGAGCCAGAAGAGCAGUAAGAGCACAUCCAUAUUUAUCUGGUCUGCUUGGGCACGACACGAAAGGCCAUUAAGUUCAGCAUUAACCAACCUCAUCAUGUUUCAAAAUUUUAUCUAUUCAGUCCAAAAUGUUAAGAAUAAAUUAUGUUUUAAUUACCAGGAAUGUUAUUCUGUAUUGAUUUAAUGAUGAACAGUUGAGCUUAUUCCUCUACAGGAGAUGCCUUAAUGCCUUAAUUAGAUGUAAACUCUUUUACAUU